GUCGCUCCCUGCCGAGCGGAUACCAGCGUCAGUGAGAUGCGAGACGGGCUGCGGUGAUGACUGUGGGUCAGAAGCUAGGUGCAUUGCGAGGGACGGCCAGAACCAGUGUGUGUGCCCUGGGUCUCAGCUCUACGACGACACUCAGAAGCAGUGCCGUGAGCCCCCACCACCAACCUGUGCGCAGUUGCCGCCGUGUCCCACCAACUCCACCUGCAGUGAUAAUGACAAGCCUUCCCAAUGCCUCUGCAAUGAGGGGUUCACGAUGAAGAACAAGCAGUGCAUUCCGCUAACCUGUGAGGAGUUGGAGUGUCCGACCAACUCCUUCUGCGUUGAGAAGGAAAUCCCUCGCAAAUGCCGCUGCUAUGAUGGGUUUAAGACGAAGGACAAUCAGUGCAUUCGUAAGCCACUUGCUGCUCUCCCUCUUCCUUCUCACCCUCUUUCUUCUUACCCCAUGCUUCUGUUCAUUGCGUUUGCUGUUCAUGCUGUUGCCUGUGUGGGAGAGUACGCCUCUCAUAUGUGCCGCUCUCAAUAG